CAUCUGUACCACUUUAUCUAAACCUGUUCUCCUCACUCACACCAGCUGUGCCACCCUCUCUCCAGUCAUCUAUUCCUCCUCGGAUCAUCACUGGUGAAAUUAAGCUGCUGUCCUGUUUGACAAGGGCACACUGCCUGGCAUUUGUACAGAGAGACGACAUGGGGACUGAAGGCAAGGUUAUUAAGUGUAAGGCGGCGGUGGCUUGGGAGCCACGGAAGCCUCUUUCAGUCGAAGAGGUGGAGGUGGCCCCUCCCAAAGCCCAUGAGGUCCGCAUUAAGAUUGUGGCCACUGGGGUGUGCCACAGUGACUUAGCAGUCCUGAGAGAAACACCACUCCCACAAGGUGGAAUGCACACCUUCCCGAUCCUCCUGGGACAUGAGGCAGCUGGCAUAGUGGAAAGCAUCGGGCCCGGGGUCACCAAAUUCUCCAAAGGAGACGCGGUCAUCCCUCUUUUUGUGGCUCAGUGUGGGGAGUGUGAAUACUGCCUGUCUCCAAAAACAAACAUGUGCAAGACACACUGGGAGGAAUUUCUGAAGGGGGUACUUUUCGAUGGGACCAGCCGGAUCACCUGUCAAGGGAAGGAGAUUUAUCAGUUCUUUGCCUUGGGUACUUUCUCAGAGUACACUGUUGUCCCCGAAAUCUCACUGACCAAAAUCCGGAAGGACGCCCCCCUGGACAAAGUCUGCCUGUUGGGGUGUGGGAUCUCCACGGGAUACGGGGCCGCCAUCAACUCUGCCAAGGUGGAGCCUGGGUCCACGUGCGCGGUGUUCGGUUUGGGGGCCAUUGGUUUGGCGGCAGUGAUGGGGUGUAAAGCAGCUGGGGCAUCCAGGAUCUUUGCUGUGGACAUCAACAAGGACAAGUUCCCCAAGGCCGAACUGUUGGGGGCGACUGACUUUGUCAACCCCAAGGACUACGAGAAGCCCAUCAGCCAGGUGCUGGCAGAGAUGACCAAUGGAGGGGUGGACUUCGCCUUGGAGUGUGUCGGCAGUGUGGAAGUGAUGAGAGCUGCUCUGGAGUCUUGUUGUAAUGCCUGGGGGACCUGUGUGAUCGUGGGGUACGUUCAGGAGAAAGACAUGACCUUGGCACCCUUAAGCCUCCUGCUGGGCCGUACACUGAAGGGAACUUUCUUUGGGGGAUGGAAGAGUGUGGAGAGUGUGCCCAAGCUGGUCGAUGACUACAUGAACAAGAAGCUCAAGGUGGACGAGUUUGUGACCCACAACCUUCCCCUGAAAGAGAUUAAUGAGGGUUUUGACCUCAUGACAAGUGGGAAAAGCAUUCGAACGGUCAUCAAAAUGACCUAAAAGAGGCAGGCUGAAGAGAGAUGGCUCCCCCAACCCACACCCUGAUGGCUCCACCAUGACUGAAGCCACAAUCAUAUACAUGAACUCAAAUGGCAGUUCUGAUGACUAUGGCACAGUAGUAGAUAAUUAUUAACAGAAAUACACUGACUUUGGACGACCCUCCCUGCCUGUGAUUUGAUAAGAAAUAAUCCCUUUGCUGUGACCCCACAAUUAAAGAAUGCAAAGCAUGGAGAAGGAGAGAAAAGGUUGUACAUGAAAAUGACUCUCAGAUUCUAUAAGCAGUGAGAACAUGUGUGUUGCAGCAAUGAAGUGGCCAUUCUGCCAAUUCAGACGCUUUGGUUUCAUGUUGCAUCUGCAAAUGUUUGCUAAAUGAUUAUCCAUUACAUUACAUUACAUUACGUGGCAUUUAGCAGACGCUCUUAUCCAGAGCGACGUACAACAAAGUGCAAAUCAAACACAAGACUAUCCAGUGUGUUUUGUAACUGGAUAUUUUGGGAGGGCUACUAGUAGGCAUAUUCAGCUAACCUUUAAACAUGGCUCACAGUCUGGACCCAAUCCAAGCGCAUUGUUCACUUGCACAGACACUUACACUCUUUAUCUAUCUAUGGAGCAGCAUGGUUACUGAAGGAAUUCACAUUAUGUACCUUGCUUUAGGCUGACACACCCGGGCUCCAGCGUGAUCAAACCCACAACCUCACAGUCUCAAGCUCUGUUCACUUAGCAUUACGCUACACUUUCAAUCUAAUUCCCCUGAGUGUAGCAAUGCCAGGGCUCACUGAAGAGUCUGUCGCUGAGCCAAAUACUCACCUUAGAACUCUUAACAAUCAAUGUUCUGUCUCUCCUGCUUUUGAAGCUGAAAUGUUCCAGUUUAAGGCAUUUUAUGAGUAUUCUUGAAGAGGCAGCCAUGUCUUAUGAAGAAACAUCCAUUGCUGCAGUAUUGUCCUUAGUUAUGGCCUCUUCAAGAAUAAUUAUAAGACGCAUCAAACUGGAACAGUUCAUCUUCAAUGGCAGGGGGACAGAACUUUCAUCAUAAAGGGGUUGGAGCUCAGCGUCUGGCUUGUCUACAUAAUCUGUAAUGACCCCUGACAUUCUUACACUCUGGUAUUUCAGCAUUCAAAUGUGCUGAACGGGUGACUGCUGUGAGAUGGCUGCCCCCUAGUGUGCCACCCAAGACACUGCAAGCAGCACACUCCUUUCAGAGCAUCUAAAUUAAGAUCACUGGGGAGCCGCAUUCAUUUCAUCCCUGGUUUUGCUCUUGGUGUCUUGGGUUGCUCCGUAUGUUCCUUUUGUUACUGCCACCUACUGUUCAAGAGAAUACAACACAGUCAUUAUGUACCCAACUCUGUUCCUGAAAAUCUACCAUCCUGUAGGUUUUCAUUUUAACAUUACAUUGGCACACCUGAUUCUACUUAUCAAUGGAACUUGAGAUUCCAGCAGCUCAACCUAUCACUACGCUAGCUGAUUUCAGUUUCCGCUCUGGUUGAAGGUGUGUUAUUUAUUGAAAUCAGCAGGGGCACUGAUUGGUUAGAAUGAAAACCUGCAUACUCUCAGCCCAUCAUGGCACAUGAUUGGGCACCCCUGCUCUAGCUGUUGAAUGAGUUUUGCUUUGUUUGAUGAAAAGACAAUGCUCGUCAAUACAGGACUAUUUCUCCCAUCAUUGUGCUGCCUCUGUGUAAUUCAUACCUUAGCGGAAUGCUCCCAGAACUGAUGAGUUGAAAUAGGACUGUGUAAACCAUGGUGUCUUUAGAUAGCUAAUGUUGUGGGAAAUAGUUUGGUGUCAUUGGUGGUGUAGUACACUGGUUGCUGAAUAAAGAUCUUGUUGGAAUAAACCACAGAUAAUGCAAGUUACCUGUGAGUCAGCAUCCAGCUGUGAUACAAAGCUUAA